UAAAAACAGUGUCCAUUCUUGACCCGAAUUAAAUAAUUAUGUUUAUAUCAUCUCCUUAUUAAUCAAUCAGCAAAAAAAAAAAAGAAGACACAACAAGUCAUCUAUCUUUGUAGAUCAUCAUCAGAGCUUCAAUCGAUGGGAAGAAUUACAAGUUUUGCAGAUCUAAUCGGAAUAAUAAAAGACAAAGCUUCUCAAAGCAAAGCUGCUUUAGUCUCAUCAAACCCAAAAAGCAAAUCUCUCUCUUUCCAUCUCUCCGUCCUCCGUGCCACUACUCAUGACCCUUCAACUCCGCCGGGAAAUCGCCACCUUGCUCUUCUCCUUUCCGCCGGUACUGGCUCACGAGCUACUGCUGCUUCCGCCGUUGAAGCCAUCAUGGACCGACUUCACACCACCGGAGACGCCUGCGUCGCUCUCAAAUCUCUGAUCAUCGUCCACCACAUCGUCAAGCACGGUCGCUUCAUCCUCCAAGAUCAGCUCUCUGUUUUUCCGGCGUCCGGUGGCCGGAAUUAUCUCAAGCUUUCUGGUUUCAGAGACGAGAAAUCCCCUUUGAUGUGGGAGCUUUCUUCUUGGGUCCGAUGGUACGCUUUAUACCUUGAGCAUCUGUUAUCAACUUCAAGAGUCAUGGGGUUUUUCAUUUCUUCAACAUCGAGCACGGUCCACAAAGACGAAUACGAAGAGAUGGUUUCGUCUCUUACCAACACUGACUUGCUGCGUGAAGUCGACGCGCUCGUCGGUCUGCUAGAAGAAGCAUGUAAAAUUCCGGAUCUACCCUUUUCAGGAGGCAAACCUCUCGCCGUCAAAAUCACCCAAUUGGUCGGCGAAGACUACGUGUCUUCCAUCGACGAGCUUUACACGAGAUUCAACGAGUUUAAAGAGCGACCCGAUACUCUUAGCUUCGGAGAUUCGAUCGAGCUUCUCUGUGCUUUGAAGCGGCUCGAGAGUUGUAAAGAGAGAUUGUCUGAAAUCUGCCAUUGGAAUUGGAAGAAAGCUUGGCUCGAUGGGUUCUGGGGUUUGGUUCUUGAGGUCAAGGGCAUGGUUGGUAAUUUAGAGGGUAGCUAUGGGCGGAUUGAGAAAUCGAUUGUUGGGAUUGGGAGGAGAGAAAAAAGAUACGGAUCGGCUCGGUUUACUGAUCGGUUAGUUACUGGUUACGGUGAUGCUGUUCGGUUUUCUUCUGGUAGGUUUACUAAUGUUGAUAGGCCGUUUAAUUAUCCGGUUUCUUCUAGUCGAACGUUGUGUUAACGAACGAUUUUGACCGGCCAUCUUGUGAAAUUUUUAUUUUUUGGUCGGAUGUCUUGUGAAAUUCUAAAGACUAAAAAGAGGAAGAAUGUUGAACGAAAAAAAAUGAGAUAGAUGAAGAAUUUUGUCAAACAGAGUAAUGAUAAAGUGUUUUGAAUCUCGAAAAAGACGGUUUUCAGAAUAUUUCUAAUUCAGCCACCAUAAAGUCAAAGGCGCAGAUAGUUUAUUUCAUUAAUGUCUGGAUGUUGAUGUAUAUAUUAAGAAUGAUUAGAGGUUGG